UACAUGCCGUCAAAAAUCUGCUUCAUAGCUUCCCUUUCCCAUCCCUGCUUUGGUGGUUGCCCAACCCCCGCGCGCGCGCACUGCAGUCCUGGGGGGCGGGAGGGACAUGCUAUGGCAGUUGCCCUCGCAACAUAACUGGGAGACCGGUAUUUGUAAAUCUGUGCUUCGACUUCUAAUCCCCAAACCGGCAGAGGUGCGGAUAAGGCAGCUGUGGAGAGAGCGAGAGCUUCAGAACACAGGAGGUGUCGCGUGUGGCUCCUCACUGAGAUUUUCUUUUUGGAAGGGGGAGAAGCCUUUCUACUCGACGCGCAUCCCUCUCUCCCGCUGGGUUGAAGAGGGCGGGGGAGGCGUGCGCUCGCUCUAGUUGGCUAGCCACUCCGCACCUCGCCGCGAUAGGGGCCAUUAGGAGUUGGGGCUGCUCCGUUUGGCUUUCUCCGCCCCUCCCCCUCUCCUUUCUUCCCCUCCCUUCCCCGCCCCCCUCUGCCCCUCUCUCCAACCCAUCUGAAUUCCCUGGCUGGAGUACGCGUGCGCCUGCUCAGCUCCGGGGUGAGCGCGAGCUUGGGCUCAUAUCCCGCUCUCCUAACCCCGCCCGCUCUUUACCUACCGGUCGUGGGUGGCCCGGUGGGCUCGCGGGGAGACGCUCUUGCGCGCAAGCGCACACGACGCGGAGCGGAGCUCGAGACAUCGAGGAGGGGAGUAAGAAGCAUCCGAGGAGGCGAUAGAGGAGGAGACGGCUUUCUUCAAAUGGCUGUCUUCUGAAUUUGUUCAUAUUUAAGAAUGAGCUAGUAGAAGGGCUGACUGGGAGUUCUGUGUACCUGGGAAUGGUUGUAAACUUUGAGGUUGCUAUGGAAAUAUAUGACCACAUAAAAGGAAGUCCAUUCUGCUAAUUCUGAUACCUGAGAUGUAACUGGAUUGAAGAGUGGAAUAGGAAAAAUUUUAGUGCCAACCUUAAUUACAAUGGCCACUGAUUCAGGGGAGCCAGCCAGCACAGAAGAUUCUGAGAAACCUGAUGGAGUUUCAUUUGAAAGCAGAGUUCCUCAAGUUGCUGCAACCUUGAUGGUAGAAGCUAGGCUAAAGGAAAAAAUUAGUACUCCCUCUGCGUCUGUAGAAACUGUAGAAAGGAAGAGGUUUUUCUGCAAGAGCGUUGAGAUGACGGAAGAUGACAAAGUUGCUGAAUCUUCCCCCAAAGAUGAGAGAAUAAAGGCUGCAACAAAUAUUCCAAGAGUAGAUAAACUUUCUACAAAUGUGCUAAGAGGUGGACAAGAAGUUAAAUAUGAACAGUGUUCAAAGGCAACUUUGGAAACUUCAAAAGAUUGUUUCAAGGAGAAAAAUGAAAAGGAAAUGGAAGAAGAAGCAGAAAUGAAGGCUGUAGCUACUUCUCCUAGUGGCAGAUUCCUGAAAUUUGACAUAGAGCUGGGAAGAGGAGCAUUUAAAACAGUAUAUAAAGGACUGGACACUGAAACAUGGGUUGAGGUUGCUUGGUGUGAACUGCAGGACCGGAAGUUAACGAAAGCUGAGCAGCAAAGGUUCAAGGAAGAAGCAGAGAUGUUGAAGGGUCUCCAGCAUCCCAAUAUAGUUCGAUUUUAUGAUUCCUGGGAGUCUAUAUUAAAAGGAAAGAAGUGUAUUGUAUUAGUGACUGAAUUAAUGACAUCUGGAACCUUAAAAACGUACUUAAAACGAUUUAAAGUCAUGAAACCAAAGGUCUUAAGGAGCUGGUGCAGACAAAUUUUAAAGGGGUUGCAGUUCUUGCACACUAGGACUCCUCCUAUUAUUCACCGGGAUCUGAAGUGUGACAAUAUUUUCAUCACGGGACCCACAGGAUCUGUGAAGAUUGGUGAUCUAGGACUAGCCACCUUAAUGCGCACAUCAUUUGCUAAGAGUGUCAUUGGGACUCCUGAGUUUAUGGCCCCAGAGAUGUAUGAAGAGCACUAUGAUGAAUCUGUAGAUGUCUAUGCUUUUGGAAUGUGUAUGCUGGAAAUGGCUACUUCAGAGUAUCCUUAUUCUGAGUGUCAGAAUGCAGCUCAAAUAUACCGUAAAGUAACUAGUGGCAUAAAACCAGCCAGCUUCAAUAAAGUUGCUGACCCUGAAGUGAAAGAAAUUAUUGAGGGAUGUAUUCGUCAAAACAAAUCUGAAAGGUUGUCUAUCAGGGACCUACUAAACCACGCAUUUUUUGCUGAGGAUACAGGACUGAGGGUGGAGUUAGCAGAAGAUGAUGAUUGCUCAAAUUCAUCCUUGGCUUUAAGACUCUGGGUUGAAGACCCUAAAAAAUUGAAAGGCAAACACAAAGACAAUGAAGCUAUUGAAUUCAGUUUCAAUUUAGAAACAGAUACACCUGAGGAAGUGGCAUAUGAAAUGGUAAAGUCGGGAUUCUUCCAUGAAAGUGAUUCCAAAGCUGUUGCUAAAUCCAUUAGAGACCGGGUGACCCUGAUAAAGAAGACCAGGGAGAAGAAACCUGGCUGUUUGGAAGAAUGCAGAGAUUCCCAGUGCAAGUCUAUGGGAAAUGUAGUCCUUCAGCACCAGAAUACAACUUUGCCCCCUGCUCCUGCUCAGCAGGCCAGGGCUGAAUGUGAAGAAACUGAAGUUGAUCAACAUGUUCGACAACAGCUUCUACAAAGAAAACCACAGCAGCACUGCUCCUCGGUUACAGGUGACAAUUUGUCUGAGGCAGGAGCUGGAUCAGUUAUACAUUCAGAUACUUCCAGUCAACCUGGUAUAGCCUAUUCCUCAAACCAGAGGAUGAGAUCUCAAAUGGUUUCUAACAUCCCACAAGCUGAAAUAAAUGUUCCAGGGCAAAUUUACCCAUCUCAGCAACCAGUAGGAGAUUACCAGCAAAUUUCAGGGUUGCAGAAGCAGCCAAAGCUGACUCAGCCCCAUAUUUUGCCUUUGGUUCAAGGUCAGUCCACUGUUUUGCCUGUACAUGUCCUUGGACCUACAAUUGUUUCACAACCCCAAGUUUCCCCAUUAACUGUCCAGAAGGUCUCACAGAUAAAGCCUGUAUCCCAACCAGCUGGAGUUGAACAAGCAGCUCUUCCAAAACCAGAAUUAGUUCGAAGCUUGAAUCAAGAUGUGGCAGCUGUGAAGGAAAACACCAAUAAUCCUGAUAACCAAAGUGGAAAUGGUAAACAGGAUCGAAUCAAACAGAGAAGAGCUUCCUGUCUCCGACCAGAGAAAGGGACUAAAUUUCAGCUUACUGUCCUUCAGGUAUCAACCUCUGGAGACAACAUGGUGGAGUGUCAGCUGGAGACACACAACAACAAGAUGGUCACCUUCAAGUUUGAUGUUGAUGGUGAUGCACCAGAGGAUAUUGCAGACUAUAUGGUUGAAGAUAACUUUGUACUGGAAAGUGAGAAAGAAAAAUUUGUAGGAGAAUUGAGGACUAUUGUAGGUCAAGCCCAGGAGAUCCUCCAUGUCCACUCUGCUGUAGAAAAAGCCACUGGAGUUGACUCUAUUAUUAUGGAAUCCAACAGUAGCCAAACAGGAUCAUCUGAACAAGUACAGAUAAAUUCUGCAUCCACUCAAACCAGCAAUGAAUCUGCUCCUCAGUCAUCCCCAGUUGGUCGGUGGCGAUUUUGUAUCAAUCAAACAAUAAGAAACCGUGACGUUCAGUCUCCUCCUUCUCUUCAGCAUUCUAUGUCUACGGUUCCUGGGCUACAUCCACUUCCUAGUCCAAGAAACAUAAGUAAUAAGGAAAUAUCACAGGACGUACUGCUCACUAUAGAAAACAAUCCAUGCCAGCGUGCACUUUUCACCUCCAAAUCAGAACACAAGGAUGUAGUUGAUGGUAAGAUUUAUGAAUGUGCUAGUGUAGAAACUGAGCAGCCACUUUAUCAAGUAGAAGACAAUGGGCAGAUAAUGGCACCAGUUACUAGUAGUUCCAAUUAUUCCGCUACUUCAGUUUGUGCCAUUCCAAUUGAAUAUGAGGGACUUGACAACCAAGCAGGUAUAUUCAUACCUGUGUAUUCAUGUCACCAAGCUGCCAGUCAGGCUGAUGUACUUAUGGCCCAUCCUGGCGAAUCAACUCAGAUUGCUGAUAACUCUCUUACUACUCCUGCAUUCGUAUCUGAUCAGAAGCCUCAGUCCUUAUCAGUACAACAGCCAACUAUGGAUGCAGAGUUUUUUUCCCAAGAAGGAGAAAUGACACUGAACACUGAAGCAAUUUCUCCUAAGACAGUUAUUCCCACUCAGACCCCUGGCCUUGAACCAACUAGUCUUCUACCCACUACUAUCUUGGAAUCAGAUGGGGAAAGACCUCCAAAAAUGGAGUUUGCAGACAACCGAAUUAAAACUCUGGAUGAAAAAUUAAGAAACUUGCUCUAUCAGGAGCAUAACAUCUCUAGCAUCUAUCCUGAGAGUCAGAAGGAUACUCAAAGCAUAGACUCUCCAUUUUUUUCCUCCACUGAAGAUACACUCUCCUGUCCAGUGCCAGAAGUCAUAGCCAUCAGUCACUGUGGAAUUCAAGAUAGCCCUGGACAAUCCCCUAAUUUCCAACAGACAGGCUCUAAGAUUCUGUCCAAUGUGGCUGUGAGUCAGCCUGCUAACGUGUCAGUGUUCAAAAGGGACCUGAAUGUGAUAACUUCUGUACCCAGCGAAUUGUGUUUGCAUGAGAUGUCCUCAGAUGCUUCAUUUCCAGGGGAUCCAGAGUCCUAUCCUGCUGCUGUGUCAAGCGGUGGAGCCAUUCAUCUGCAGACAGGAGGUGGAUAUUUUGGCCUAAGCUUUACUUGUCCUAGUCUCAAAAAUCCUAUUAGCAAGAAAUCCUGGACUCGCAAAUUAAAAAGCUGGGCAUACAGGCUACGGCAGUCAACCAGCUUUUUCAAGAGAUCAAAAGUCCGUCAAGUGGAAACAGAAGAUAGGAGAUCAGCAAUUGCUCCUGAUCGCAUUCCUCUGACACGGGAGUCCACAGCUGAUACUAGGGCUUUGAGUAGAUGUAAAGCAAUGACUGGAUCAUUUCAGCGGGGUCGGUUCCAGGUGAUUACAGUUCCUCAGGAGCAGUCAGUGAAAAUGACAUCUUUUGAAAUAGAACACAUACCAGUGUUCAAUGAAAUGACAAACCAUUCCAGUGAAGAAACUCUAGUCUUUACUGAAACAGCAAAGUCUCAAUUGGUAGAAAUGGAACCUGCCAUCCACAAUCCACAAAUUUCAUUUUCUUCUCAGAAGUUACGAGCUCUUCAUGAAACCUUUAAAGAAGAUAAAGGAAUUCCCAAACAAGGUGACAACUUCUUAUCUUUCAGCAUAGCUUAUAAGACUGAUGUAUCUUCAGUGACCCCAGAAAAGGAAUUGGAAGAUACUUCAGCCAUGGGAAGUAGCAUGCAAUCUGGAUCCGAACUGUUGCUUAAAGAGAGAGAAAUAGUACCUCCUGGGAAACAGCCUAGCUCUGACAGUGAAUUUUCAGCCAGCCUUGCUGGUAGUGGAAAGCCAGUGGCAAAGACUGGUCCAGAGAGUGAUCAGUGCUUACCACUCCAUGAAGAACAAGCCUAUGCUCAAACACAGAGUUCACUCUUCUAUUCGCCAUCUUCCCCAAUGAGCAGUGAUGAUGAGUCAGAAAUAGAGGACGAUGACUUAAAGGUGGAGCUUCAAAGGUUACGAGAAAAACACAUACAGGAGGUGGUAAAUCUUCAAACUCAGCAGAAUAAGGAGCUUCAGGAGCUCUAUGAACGCCUUCGGUCAAUUAAAGAUAGCAAAACCCAAUCUUCGGAGAUUCCUUUGCCACCUGCAUCACCACGUCGACCAAGAUCUUUCAAAAGCAAACUUCGCAGCCGCCCCCAGUCCUUGACACAUGUGGACAAUGGUACAGUUGCCACAGGCCGCAGCCUUGAACUUCUGGGCUCAUGUCAUCCUCCUGCCUCAGCCUUCCAAGUAGCUGGGAUUACAGAUCCACUGUGCGUGGAGAGUAAUGCAACAUCAUGCCAGCAAUCUCCAGCCACUAAAAAAGGGAUGUUCACAGAUGAUUUACACAAGCUGGUAGAUGACUGGACAAAGGAAGCAGUAGGAAAUUCUCUUAUUAAGCCAAGUUUAAACCAACUUAAACAGAGUCAACACAAAUUGGAGACAGAAAACUGGAACAAAGUAUAUGAAAGUACUUCAUCUACUAUGGGCUACACAUCAACAUGGAUUUCUUCUCUGUCCCAAAUCCGUGGAGCUGUCCCAACUUCCUUACCACAAGGACUCUCACUUCCUUCAUUUCCUGGGUCAUUAUCAUCAUAUGGAAUGCCCCAUGUUUGUCAGUAUAAUGCUGUGGGGGGGACAGGGUAUCCAGUACAAUGGGUAGGAAUUUCAGGAACAACACAACAGUCUGUAAUAAUUCCUACCCAAUCUGGGGGACCAUUCCAGCCAGGGAUGAAUUUGCAGGCAUUUACAACUUCACCAGUGCAGAAUACAGCCACAAUCCCUCCUGGUCCCAAAUGAAUCAGAGUAGAUGGUGAAGAAAAGGGAGAAUGUUUUCAGAAUUAUUUUCAGGUCACCUAAGACAUUAAAGUUUCUUCUUCUUGGGUUCUGCCAUAUUUUCCCUCAUUUGAGUUUACCUUAGACUGUAAUUUUUGUCGUUCCAAUGUGGUAUUUGGUACAGAUCAUCAUUCUGUAGAAAUGUGCAGUUUGCACAUAGAACACUGCACACAGAAGUGUUUUUUCACUUUGAAUCCUAUCCUCUUUGAUACUUGAUUUUUUAAAAAUACCAUUCAGAAUGCUUUAAUAAGCUCUCCUCGAGCAUUAUCAUUUCCAGGAUACUUUCCAUGCGUUGCUGAGAAGCCCCCAUUUAUUUAUUUAUUUUUUUUUUACUGCUGCUGUCUGCAGCUGGAUGAUCCUUUUCUUUAAAAUGUGUAAAAAUUUAGAUUGAGUCUCCUGAAACGUGGAUGAAGUGAGACCCUCCAACAACCAGAGUCUUGGGAUUCUUCACAUCUUUAUCUUCAGUUUACCUUUCACAGAAGGCAGGGUAAUGUGCUGCAGGAAACAUUCUGGUGUAUAAAAUUAGAAUAACUUUAUCAACCAAUACAGAACAUGAGCCCUUUUUAAUGUGAUUGUCUUCUCAUCAUCAUGGCAAUAGGAGUGAAGUCUUGUUUUGGGUGAGGGGGAGGGAAAGGAAAAAACAAAACUGUAACAGUUCCUUGAUUCUGCAGAUACCAUAGCUACUUUAGGAUUUGCAUAAUUCAAAGCAGCUAUCUUCUCGUUUCUCACAUGCACACUGCAUUGGUUUUGAGCAUCUGAGAGGCAUUGGUUUGGUUUGCAUUCUUUUGCAAGAGAUAUAUUGCAGCUGAUAUGCAUCUCAUUUGGAGGGAAUCCUUAUAUUCCUAACAAAGGGGAUUCAAAUUACACCUCAGUCUGUUCUUCUGAAGUGAAAUUUACUUGACACAGGUUUUGUAGGUUUUGAGACUUACACAUGAAACACUGGCUUUACAGGGUUCUAAGAGAUGUAGGGUAUACACUGUCCUGCAGUGAGAUAGUAGACCCUAGAAGGUUAUUAUUUAAGUUGCCCUUAGCUUUUUCUGGAUUACCAUUUUUUAGUUAUAGUUUCUUUUUAGUAUCUAUAGUGUCUUAGAUGAUUUUAAAUCUUAGAUGAGUUUGGCAGCCUCUUUAGAAUCUGAGAGAGAUCACUGUCAAGUUGUGCUUUACUGGGUUUUAUCCAGUUUUAGGAGGAGGGGACGCAAUGUCAAAAUGUUCACCUUUGGUUUUUAAGAAGGUUAAAUAUAAUACUAUUAAAGGCUGGUCACAGGGUUACCUAAUGCUCAGUCUGUGAAACCCAAAUAGAAAUCUUAAAUGGUAUUUAUUGACUACCAAGUAUAUAUGUUCAAACUACUUAACCUUCCAUUCUGAAGAUUUCAAGCUUGUUUCUAGUACACAUUUACCUAAUUAGUAGUUCUGUCCACUAGUAAACAUUCCAAAUCAUCAGCUAACAUUUCUUUUAACAUAUUUUCCUCCAUAUUCCUUAAAAAUUGCACUCCAUGGGCUUGCCAGGUAAUGAGGAAAACUUAAUGGGUGUACUUCCUCUUCCUUUUUUUUUUUUGACACAGUCUACUUUGUGAUAUUAAGUACCCCUUUUCAUAAAAAGUGUCUUAUAUUGCUUACCUGAGGAUAAUACCCACUAUCAUGAAGAUUCUGUCUCUAUCAUUUGGGGCAUCUAGGGCAGCAUUUUGAGAAUUGCUGUUGCUAAGAUCCACAGUUUCUUUUCAUAGAACAUACUCUGUUUUGGAUGAGUUUUUCCAAAUCUGUGUACAGAUUCUUCAAAUUUCUUCUACAGUAUUGGUUUGCAAGUUCAAGUGAUUUUAGGACAUUAGUGUAAUGCAAAUGCUUGCAUUGCAGUGUUUUCCAUGUGUAUAAAAACAAUUCUAAAAUCCGUAAUUCUUUAAAACUGCUCAUGUUUCAUUAUAACAGCUGGCUUUGUGUAAUUACAUUGAGACAUACAACCUAUAAAGUGAAAAUACUGCAGGGUUUAAGACCCCUUCUUCUCUAGUCACAAUCUUUUCAAACAGUGUACCCCAGGAUGAAAAAAGCUCCAUGGACAACAUGUACAAUUACAUUUAUUAAUGGCUGCUCUAUAUCAUAUGUCCUGUAUUUUGCUAUCACCUCUGUUUUAUAUAUAAUUCAUUAUUCUUGUUUGCCUGCAGACUUUUGCAGUGCCUUGUAAUAUUUACAAUCUUUUCAGGUUUUUGCUGGAAAGAAAAGUAGUCUUCUAAAGUUUGAAGAUGGUGAAUAGUGUACUGCUGUCUCCAUGCCGACUGCAGUAGUUGCGAUUAACAUAUAUGUUAUGUAUACAUUAUGUAUAUGUAACGUGUAUAAGUUUAAAAAUACAGAAAAAGUGAGUUUGUGCAGAAAUGAAGAAAACAAUGUUAUUCUCAUCACUGUGGGUUUUUAAAUUAUUUUUCCCAUUACUUAAAUGUUUGAUUCAGAUUAUAGUCACUUUGUAAAUAUUGGCUAGUUUUCUAUCUAGGGGUUUUACAUUAUUUCAUAAUUUUGCUAAAUCAUAUAAUAGUGCUGUUUUCAUCCUUGCCUGAGGUACUUUUCCUCCCCAGAAAUAAUUAACUCUUAAGGUAAAACUCAGAAAUUCCCUUCUUACUUAACAAAGAGCCUACUAUAUAAAAAGGGCCUUCUAUCCAUUUCUAAAACACACACAAACCUGUCCUUUUCAUUUUCCUUUUUGUAGAGGAGAAAAAGGUUGUAUUUAACCAUCCUGCUUGUAAAGUUUAUUUGGGGGAUAGUCUGUAUGUCCAGCCACCAUGUUUACUUCUCAAAGUGCAAAUCUGAUGAAUAAUACUGUAUCUCCAUAUGUGGCGAUGUGAGCAUUUCAUCAUGAAGUACCUGCUGCUAUGUCUGUGAAGUUGGGUGUAACAUCAUAAGAAUAUGAAACCAGUAUUUGGUGUAAAUCUAAUGAAAAUAACCCUAUGUAUAUUUGUAGCAGUCUUGAAUCUCUAUUUAAGGUAAUUUGCUGUAAUAUAACAAAUAACCAUUCUGUUUUUCAUCCUUUCCUUGCCAAUUUUAUAUCAAGCAUGAAUUCUAAUGGUUUGCCAGCAAAAUUAUCUGUGAAAGUUUAAAAGGCACUUUUCUGCUGUGAUUUUUUUGAUUGAGUGUGGAGUGUUAUGUACAGUAUGAUGGGAUGUAUCAUUUUAGAACCCCAGAUUUAAUUCCAGUCCAAUUACUUUUGUUUAUCUACCUCGUUUUCAGUGCUGUUUUGAGUGCAGAAGUAAACACUGCCUGUGAAACUUG